CGGUACCCACUGCUUGGGGCCUUCUGGGUGGCAGCACUUCACAGGGAGAGACCGAGGAGCAGCCCUGAGCCCCUGGCUGUGGGGGGUGGGGGAACUGACUCACUUGGCCCCCCUCCCUCGUGCCGAUGGGGCAGCCCCCACACCCAUGGGUGCUGGCACCCCAGCAGGCCCCCAGGUUUUGGAAAAGGAAGCUGCAGCCCGGCUGCGCCUGACCGGAGCCGGCUGAGGAUGCGCUCUGGGCGCAGGGACCCGCUGGCCCCCGGGCCGGGAGGCGAUGUUUAGGCAGCGACCCCCCAGAGGCUGCCAGGGCCACCCUGGCCGCGGGCCCGCGGGGACUCCCUUGCUCGCCGCGCCCCUCCCCGGGCCGUGGCGCGUCCCCCGAGCCGCGCAGUAUUUCCUUCCUGCACCUUUAAGAAGACCGUUGCUCCGUGGUGGGAUGGUGUGUUAAAGCCACACAGAGGAAGUUACGCAGCCCGGAUCAGACCGAGAGAUAAAAGCCCCGAUGGUGAUCGUGAGUGAUGGCAAGAGGAUUUAGCCUCGGCAUUAACUUGGAGCGGAGUGCAGGGGGGCAGUGAAGCGCCCGCCAUCUGGCCCGCGCCGCGCCGGGGGGAUGCCCCGGCUCCCCGACGAGCCGCCGCGAAGCCCACCCGGGCCGGGGGCCGCCCGGCGCCGGAGCGCGGGUCCUCCCCGGGCCGCCCAGGGGGGCCAAAAAGUUUGCACUUGUUAGCGGCGACCUCCCGCUCCUCCCGGGCGGGCGAUGCGGGCGGCGCGGGCGGCCCCCUCCCCCGGCCCGCGUCUCCGGGACGGCUGCGGGCGGCCCCCCCGGCGGCCGGAGGGCUCCCCGGCCCCGAUCUGACGGCGGCGGCGGCGGCGGCCACAGCGGCGGGAGCGGCGCGGGGAAGGAGCAGCGGCUUGCAGCCCUCGGCCCGCGCCCCCACCCAGCGCCAGCCCGAGGGGGGAGGCGCAGCGCCGGAGGGUGGCGGUCCUCGGCCCUCCCGGGUCUCCGCGCCGGGAAGCCGCUCCGAGCCGGGGCUUGCCCGGGCCCGGGAGCCACUUACAGCGGCCCGGCAAAGGCUCGGAUGCAAAAGUUGUUUGGUGGCGGCUGCUACGAGCUGAGGACUGGAGUCGCCCCAGAGGGGUGUGUGAGGAUUGUGCCUAUGAUUGGGGAGCUGUUUCUCAGUGCCUGGCUCUUCAUGGUUGGCCAGCACGUGGAGCACUCUGUUCAUCUGUACAUAUAGGUGUUGUUGCUAAUGAGCUCUCUCUCUCCUCCCCUCUUACAAUGAAAGACAAGCCAGACCCCAGGUACCUGGAUGGAUUGAGAGCUGAGAUCUCAGAAACUUCAUAAUAAGUUGCCGAUGGCUACCAGCCAAGGCUGGAGGGUUAUUUUGCAGUGGUGUUGAGCACGUCACCCAUUAAGAGCCCUUUAAAGACCUGGAUUGAUUGGAAGGACAAAAAUUAAAAGCAAUCUGAUCCGGCCUCAUGCAGGAUCCCUGCGGAUUUUCUCCUUAUCCCAUUUCCAUCCACUGUCACAAUUUGAGAGUCCGCCUGAUUUGAUCAGAUUCACCUCCGGGGGAGGUGUGAUGACAAGGUUAGGAGGACGUGAAGUUGUGGGCAACUUUCUGAUCUGUCCAUCAGCAGUCUGAGAAACACUGGCUCUGAAUUUUCUGUAUCGGCCUUUUGGAAACAACAAGUUCCUCGCUGUUUGCAAAGCUUCAGUGCUUGGGUCCCUGGGACACCCGGCCACCCUCGCCUGGUAGAUGUGGCAUUUCCAUGCUGAGGCCACAAGUCCCGCCUGACCCCGUCGCUGCCUCUCCAGGGCUUCUCUGGGCCGCGCCCCUGCGGACUGCGCAGCCAUGCUGCACCUGCUGGCGCUCUUCCUGCACUGCCUCCCUCUGGCCUCUGGGGACUACGACAUCUGCAAAUCCUGGGUGACCACAGAUGAGGGCCCCACCUGGGAGUUCUACGCCUGCCAGCCCAAGGUGAUGCGCUUGAAGGACUACGUCAAGGUGAAGGUGGAACCCUCGGGCAUCACGUGUGGAGACCCCCCUGAGAGGUUCUGCUCCCAUGAGAAUCCCUACCUGUGCAGCAACGAGUGUGACGCCUCCAACCCGGACCUGGCCCACCCGCCUAGGCUCAUGUUGGACAAGGAGGAGGAGGGCCUGGCCACCUACUGGCAGAGCAUCACGUGGAGCCGCUACCCCAGCCCGCUGGAAGCCAACAUCACCCUUUCGUGGAACAAGACCGUGGAGCUGACCGAUGACGUGGUGAUGACCUUCGAGUACGGCCGGCCCACGGUCAUGGUCCUGGAGAAGUCCCUGGACAACGGGCGCACGUGGCAGCCCUACCAGUUCUACGCCGAGGACUGCAUGGAGGCCUUCGGCAUGUCCGCCCGCCGGGCCCGGGACAUGUCGUCCUCCAGCGCCCACCGCGUGCUCUGCACCGAGGAGUACUCGCGCUGGGCGGGCUCCAAGAAGGAGAAGCACGUGCGCUUCGAGGUGCGGGACCGCUUCGCCAUCUUUGCCGGCCCCGACCUGCGCAACAUGGACAACCUCUACACGCGGCUGGAGAGCGCCAAGGGCCUCAAGGAGUUCUUCACCCUCACUGACCUGCGCAUGCGGUUGCUGCGCCCGGCACUGGGCGGCACCUACGUGCAGCGGGAGAACCUCUACAAGUACUUCUAUGCCAUCUCCAACAUCGAGGUCAUUGGCAGGUGCAAGUGCAACCUACACGCCAACCUGUGCUCCCUGCGCGAGGGCAGCCUGCAGUGCGAGUGCGAGCACAACACCACCGGCCCCGACUGUGGGAAGUGCAAGAAGAAUUUCCGCACCCGGUCCUGGCGGGCCGGCUCCUACCUGCCGCUGCCCCACGGCUCUCCCAAUGCCUGUGCUGCUGCAGGUUCCUUUGGCAGCAUCAGCAGGUCCCAGAAAGACCCCGACCCCAAAGGCCCUGUGGCCACUGCGGCCACCACAGCCAUGACAAGGGCCCCCACUACUCCUGUCCCCUCCACGUCCACUGCCUGGGCCCCCACGGCUCCCAGCACCCCACAGCCCACAGAGUGGACCAGGCCAUCUACGGCUGCCCCGCUCUCAAGCAGGUGGUCCCAGGUGGCCGCCCGUGCAGAAGCUGUGGGCACCCCUGCUGCUGCCCCUGCCCCCGCCAAGGGCUACAAACUUUUCCAGCUCAAGCCCAAAUCUCCUCAAGUGAUGCCUAUUGAAGAAUUCCAAGACUGCGAAUGCUACGGUCACUCCAACCGCUGCAGCUACAUUGACUUCCUGAAUGUGGUGACCUGCGUCAGCUGCAAACACAACACGCGAGGUCAGCACUGCCAGCACUGCCGGCUGGGCUACUACCGCAACGGCUCGGCAGAGCUGGACGAUGAGAACGUCUGCAUUGAGUGUAACUGCAACCAGAUAGGCUCCGUGCACGACCGGUGCAACGAGACCGGCUUCUGCGAGUGCCGCGAGGGCGCGGCGGGCCCCAAGUGCGACGACUGCCUCCCCACGCACUACUGGCGCCAGGGCUGCUACCCCAACGUGUGCGAUGACGACCAGCUGCUGUGCCAGAACGGAGGCACCUGCCUGCAGAACCAGCGCUGCGCCUGCCCGCGCGGCUACACCGGCGUGCGCUGCGAGCAGCCCCGCUGCGACCCCGCCGACGAUGACGGCGGCCUGGACUGCGACCGCGCGCCCGGGGCCGCCCCGCGCCCCGCCACCCUGCUCGGCUGCCUGCUGCUGCUGGGGCUGGCCGCCCGCCUGAGCCGCUGAGCCCCGCCCGGGGGACGCUCCCUGCUCCCGGGGGCCGGGGGUCCCGGGGCGGAGCCGGCGUCCGAGGCCGGGCGGCGAGAAGGGUGCGGCCAGAGCUGCUCCCAGGUGCUACUCAGCAGGGCCCCCCGCCCGGCCCACGCUCCCGCUCGCACUGCCCUCCCCCCGCAGCAGGGGCGCCUAGGAACUCCGGUCCCCGCACCUGCGAUUUGGUUUCGUUUUUCUUUUGUAUUAUCCGCUGCCCAGUUCCUUUUUUGUCUUUCUCUUUUUUUUUUUUUUUUUCGCUGGCGGUGAGCCAGAGGGUCGGGAGAAACGCUGCUCGCCCCACCCCCCGUCCUGCCUCCCACCACACGUGCACACACGGGACUGUGGCCGACGACCCCUGGCCUGUGCCGGGCUCAUGGGCGGCGGCGGACCCCGACCUCCAGUUGCCUACAAUUCCAGACGCUGACUCGGUCCUGUUUUCUAUUCUUUCUUUAUUUUUCCUGCAACCCAUCAGACCGCAGGCCUCACUGGAGGCUCGGUGACCAAGGAACUCACCGUCUGGGGGAGGAGGAGAGAAGGAAGGGGUGGGGGGCCUGGACAUUUCGUUCUGUAGAGAACUAUUUUUGUUCGUAUUCACUGUCCCCUGUAGGGGAGACUGGGCGGGAGCGCCGGUCACCGCGGGGGCCGAGGGGCGAGAAUCCGAGGAGUAAAGAGUUUGCUCACUGCUGCCUCCAUGGCCUGUUUUCUUUCUGUGUUGGGGACGCUGGGCAGGUUUGGGGCUUAGUGAGGAACCCACAACAAAGCCUUAAAGAAACGGUUUCCCUAUUGGGGCCACCAUUUCCCUGUCCUCAUUACCUUCUCAAGAUUAAGGAGGAGUGCUGGAGGGGACAGGGGCAGCUCCUUGAUUCAGGGUUCAUCCCCUGGGACCUCUGCUUCAGAGGAUCCAGCAGCUCUCCCAGCUCUGCUUGGUGUCUCCAGCCCUGGGGCCACACUUUCCCCUCGGUCCAGCCUCCUGUCCACCUAAGUUUAUUUCAGAGCAGUGCCGGGGAUCCGGUCCCGGUUGCUAACUGCUCUCACUGCUCCACCUGCAGAUGCUCCCAGCACUGACUUCUGACACCACACCUGUUCUUUCCCGGCUGCGAGGUUUAGACCUGGGUCCUUCCCUUGAGUCCCCAAAGCUAAGCUAAGACCAAGGGGAACAAACUUGGCCUUGGGGACAGCAGGAGAGUACAACACAGAAAAAGAGGGGGAGGUAUGACAGGACACUGCAUAGGACUCACAGCGUCCCCAGCCCACAUGCCAGCCCCUCCUGGCCUCCUCUGUUAGCUCCCACCCCCAGCACCCCGCUGACCCGGAAGUGCCUUCUGCCAUCCCCGGAUCCUCCCACAGCUGACCCAUCUCUACGCUCACCUUCUUCCUUAUGCACAGAACCCCACUGCCUGGGACCCAAAGCACCCAGAUAAAAUAAAACACCUCUCUGGGGCUUCUUGUGGAUAGGAGUGGCCAGGGGACACAGCUCUGAGCAGUGAGAUGUAAGCAGGAGUGAUGGGUGGGGCUUCCAGAAAGUUCCUUAAAAGUCAUGCCUUCCUUCACACCCCACAAAGCCUCAGUUGUCCAAGUUUGUGGCUCUGUUUUUUCUCUCUCGUCCCUCCCUCUGUUCUUCAGUCAGCAGGAUGGGGAAGGAGCGUUCUUGAGAUACUGAGCGUAAAAGUGUCACCCUCAGGACAGUGAAGGGUGGAGCUGGGGGUGGAAGUUGCAGCGCCUGGGACACCUGCCCUGGCUGCAACCUCUGCACUGCUUUUAUUUAAUUUUUUAUAGAGUUGGGGUCUCACUAUGUUGCCCAGGCUGGUCUCGAACUCCUAGGCUCAAGUGAUCCUCCGGCCUUGGCCUUCCAAAGUGCUGGGAUUACAGGUGUGAGCCACCGUACCACCUGCGUGUCUUACUGUGUGAGAAAAAAAAAUAAAUGUUGAUGUGAUUAAAACACUA